CGCCCCUCCCCCUCCCGGCCUCGGCCCUCGGCCCCUUAGUCCCCCGGUCCCCCGGUCCCCGUGCUCUGCCGGCCGGCUCAUCUCGCCGUGCGAGUCCGUUCCGUAGUUGUCGGUUUUGCGCGCGGCUCGGCCCAUCACUCUCCUUCCCUCUCGGGACUAUGUGGGAAUUACAGGAUGCCCAGUGGAAAGAAAUUUAAGCCGACCAAAUACAUCCCGGUCUCGACAGCCGCCGCCUUGCUGGUGGGAGCCACCACCUUGUUCUUCGCAUUCACGUGCCCUUGGUUAACGAAAGAGAUCUCUCCGGCAAUUCCAGUCUACAAUGGCCUCGUGUUUCUAUUUGUUUUGGCAAACUUCAGCAUGGCGACAUUUAUGGACCCGGGAAUCUUUCCACGAGCUCAUGAGGAUGAGGAUAAGGAUGAUGACUUCCGGGCUCCACUCUACAAGAAUGUGGAAAUCAAAGGAAUCCAAGUACGGAUGAAAUGGUGUGCGACAUGUCAUUUUUAUCGGCCACCCAGAUGUUCUCAUUGCAGUGUGUGUGAUAACUGUGUUGAGGACUUUGAUCAUCACUGUCCAUGGGUGAACAACUGCAUAGGACGAAGAAAUUACCGCUACUUUUUCCUCUUCCUGCUCUCCCUAAGCACGCACAUGGUUGGAGUGUUUAUUUUUGGGCUGAUCUACGUUUUAAAUCAUAUUGAAGAGCUUUCUGCCCCACGCACUGCCAUCACCAUGGCUGUCAUGUGUGUAGCAGGUCUUUUCUUCAUUCCUGUUGUGGGUCUUACAGGAUUCCACAUGGUUUUAGUUGCGAGAGGGAGGACAACGAAUGAACAGGUAACAGGCAAAUUUCGAGGUGGUGUAAACCCAUUCACCCGUGGAUGCUGUGGUAAUGUGGAAUACGUACUUUGUAGUCCUUUAGCUCCCAGGUACAUAGUUGACUACAAAAAGAAAGAAUUGGUCAUGGUGAAAUCUCCUUUUGUUAGACUUCAGUUGUCUGAGAAACAAAUUACACUCAAAAUAAACGACAAUGGAAUUCAGGGCAGUUUGAAUAGGACCAAGUCCAAAGGAAGUUUGGAGACUUUGGAUGUUCAAUCAACAGAAGUUGAGCCCCCUCUCCCACCCAAACUAUGUCCAAGCAAAUAUGCAAACCUUAAAAACCAACUCGGUACUUCAGCUAACGAAGAUAGUGAUCUCUCAUCCAAGCCCAUCAACCCACCCACUCCUGCCAUGUUUAAGUAUCGACCAGCACUCAGCAGUUCAGGUGCAAACCCCAAAGUUCUCUACCAUGCUGCUAGUGAGAAGAUUUCCAUGCAGGAAGGACGUAACGAGUCACCUUUCAUUGAGGAGUGCAGCAGAGCCCAUGAUUACAGGUCUGAGCCGAACCUUGACAUGCCAGACUACCGGUCGCCAUCGCUUCACAAGACUUACCAGUCAUCACCUUUUCAACUUGACUCACUCUCUAAUGGUUCUCGCUCUCUCAGCCUGAAGUCUGCCCACAGGAGAGCAAUCGACAAGGUUCAGUUGCACCAAAUGAAGUCAGACUGCUCAUCCCCCAACCAGUACAAGAAUAUUUUUGGUCUGAACUCGUUAUCCAACAGAAACGGAAGCCUGUCCUACGAUAGUUUGCUGAAUCCCACCUCCACCCACCCGGGGGUGGAGUCCAUGGCACAGGCUGGAAUUCCAUCUGUUGGGUACCACUCACCAUACUUAUCAGCCAAAAUGUGCCAGAUCCGAGGGGCUGAUCUCCAGCGUCACACUGGCCAUGGUUACAGCCCGAUACACAGAGGCUCACCUCCACAGCAACGGGAUCCGUCGCCAGUUCGCUAUGACAACCUGUCGAAGCAAAUCAUGGCCUCCAUUCAGGAGAGGAAGGCAAUGGAAGAGCAUGGAAAGCUCAGAGCUUCUCCUGAUUCGGUGUUCCUAGACUCAGGGGCGUAUGAAGCACCGGUCUCGUACGGCUUGCAACAAAUGAACACUUUCUCAGAGGACUCGAGGAGGACAACCACUGGCAUGUGUGGUUCUCGAGAUAACCUUGUGUCUGCUGCGGCCUGCAGCGUGAGGAGCCCUCUGUUGCGUGCCUCUGCCUCCUCCUUGUCGAGGGUAGCAAGGACUUCUACCAGUUCUCUCCACGCAGACAUUGCAAACAACAACGUGCAGUCCAACCACACUUUGCAAAGCAGAUCUGUUGAGACCUCGUAUAGGUCUCCAGGACAUCAAAUCCCACCCUCCUCAUUGAUUAGAUCCCCUACUUACGGAAGCCAAAAGCCUCUAUCCUUUGUCACUGCAUUGGAAAUGUCGGAAGGAGUUUCUCAGCCUCUGAUGACCCCACGUGACGAGGUUCAAAUGAAGACGGCUCACAACAAAAUUAAUGGACAGCCAAAGCGUUUAUCCAGGAUGGAUAGCCGGCUAAGCUCAGCUUCUAUUUCCCAUGGUGCUACAGUCAGUCCCACCAGACAGUCGAACGUCAAAAAGGUGUCGGGUGUGGGCGGGACCACUUACGAGAUCUCAGUGUGAACAGCCAUCAGCCACGGCAGCUGGGAAGUGGGACGCGGGACGCACUGCGAAGACUGUCACAGCAGCUCUGUGUGUUCCUUGUUCAACCAGCCGCAGCCUUAUUUCUCCAGAGGUAGUAAAAUCAAAUCAAACAAAAAAGUGGUUUCAAUCCAGGGGCUGGCCCACCACAAACUUUUUUGCUUUUUAUUUUUUUUGCUCUUCUGCACUGUCAAGUGACAUUUUAGCAUCUUGUAAAAGAGGUAUGGUUUUUAUUGAAACCACUAUUGUGUACUUGCCUAUCCAUGGGAAUCUUGUGUAAAAGUUUGUGCAGUGUUGGAUUAGUAUUAACCUGGACCUCUGCAAUGAUUUUCUGGUGAAGUUUGUCUGCCCUGCCAUUCAAACUUUGACAAAUACAGUUUGACGAAUGAGAAAUACCUUUUAUUUUGUGUUAAUGGAUGUUGGCACAAAUGCGAGGCUCAAAACUUGUCAAUUUCUUUCCUUCGCUGGAAGGAAAUGAAGCUCAUACAUCAGCCAAAAGAUCUUUUGAAACUCUCAUCUCGAAUAUGAGACUACAUGACAUUAGACAACUGUGUGGGUGUGGGUGUGUUUGCGUGUGUGUGUUUGUGUGCACCUGAAUGUUUAGUAGGGCUUGUAUGAAGUCCAAAUGGGAGUGUAUUUCUUCAGGGCACGAGACUCUCAAAGCUUUAAGGAUAAGAUUCUUUAAUAAUCGUAUUACUUAUCAGUAAUCAAAAGUUGACAUGGAUGGCCUCUUAGAUACCUACGAGAGGAGUGAGCACAGCUUCUGGUAUAAAGAUGAACGUUACCAGUUUUUUUCAUGUACGUAACUCUGUCGAUGGGUUAGGGUGUCAGAAAUCAGGUCAUCUCUGCACUGCCACUAACAGUUGAACAUGGGGCUUGUGUACCUGUGAUUCACCAACAUGGCAAGUUUUUUGAUUGUUGCCAUGGUUUUAAUGCGCCAGUGAGGUGAGCUGACUUCACCAUACAGGCAGACAGAAGUCCAAUUAGCCACGUAUCCGUCCCUGUGUCUUGUGACGAUGUCAAUGCAAGACUGAGAACAAGGUUUCUUCUUCUUCUCCCUUCUUGUCUGGGAUUGACUGGAGGUAGGUAACACCAAUACAGGAGGAACCAAUUAAAUCCAGUGUCGCUUAUUUCCUAUGCAAUGUCUUGCAUAUUAUUUCUUGGUUGCCAGCAAGUAACUCAAAUGUAUGUUUGCUGGGCAUUUUUAUGCUGAAGUGACACAUUGUGACAUUAACCACUUAAGUGGACCUUGGUUUACCAAUGCCAAAGGAACUUGCACCAACUUGCGGGUAUUACGAUUUUCUGUUUUUAAUCCAGAUUGGUAUGAUUUUUUUGAUCGUUUUAACUUAAUUACUAAAGCAGGUCUGAGAUUGAACAAUCAAAGGGUUUUUUUGUGUGGAAUAAAAUUGUAAGUGUGUCAGAUUUUAUUAUUUUAGGUAAAAUGCAGCCAUUUUGUAUUCUGGUAUUAUUUAAUUCAAUUAGGAAGCUCUGCAGUAGCCAUUAGACUGAGUUUCCAAGACCCCUAAACUCAAUAUUAACAGUCUGUUCCCAGUAAUCUUGAAGAAGGGACGAAAGGUUGAUAAAGGGGCUUGAGGCUAAUAUGGUCACCUCCUGGGCAUGUUCGACAUUCAAGCCUACUUUAAGAGUGUGAGCACACAGAUCUAGGUUGCCAGUCCACUACUGAGGGAGGGUGGCAUUGUUAGAAGUACCAUCAGCUAUUAACCCAGCACUGUUGGAUGUAAAAGGUCGAGUGGGAUUAUUUUGACCUAGUCCAGGAAAAAUAAUGCCCUGGGGGUACAGUCAAUACGUACCUCGCACUCAACGUUACUUCCUGAACCAGUCAGCGUGCUAUAGAGUCAUAGAAAAUUACAGCGCAGAAACAAACCCUUCGAUCCAUCUAGCCAAUGCCGAACCAUUUAAACUGCCUACUCCCACUGACUCGCACCACGACCAUAGCCCUCCAUAUCCCUGCGUUCCACAUACCUACCUACACUUCUCUUAAACAUCGAAAUUGAGCUGGCACGAACCAGUUGUGCUGGUGGCUCAUUCCACACUCCAAUCACCCUCUGAAGAAAUUUCCCCUCAUGUUCCGCUUAAACUUUUCACCUUUGACCUUUAACCCUUGACCUCUAGUUGUAAAGAAGUUUGAUGCAUUUGAGUCAUUUCUAAACCAUUUCAAAGUGUUUUUGGACAUCGCAUGAAAAGCAAUAUAGAAAUUAUUGUCUGAAUUCAAAAUUAACAUUUAGCUGAUAACGCUUCUUGUUAGAGACCCUAGAGACCCAAGUAUCCACUCCACAAUGGUUCAUUUAAAUCAGAGAAUGUAUUGAGUACACAACCUGAAAUUCUUACUCUUCACAAACAUCUAUGAAAACAGAAGAGAACCCCAGAGAAUGAAUGACAGUAAAAGUUCAAACCCAAAACCCCCUCUCCCUUCUCCCAUGCACAAGCAGCAGCAAAGCAUCAACCCUCCCUCACAAUCCCAUUUCUCUAGUUCUUUAUUGCAAAGCAAAAUAGGGAUUUCUUUUAUAAUAUUUUGAUGGCGUCAACUACAGUCCAUAAAUUCAAGUCUUAGUUUAUCUUUCAGUUUCAUCUCACUGAUUUCUCUUGGUUUUUAUUGUGUAACUGUUGCUCCUGUGGUUCCGUCUCUGGCUGCACUUAAUCUUGGUUCCAUCUCUGUAAUUUUGGAUAGGAAUGGGAAUAACCCUUUAGUCCCUAGGGCCUGUUUCAUGGUUCAUUGGAUGAUCUAACUCAGCUGACCCAUAUCCCUUGACCUGAUGAUAAUCAUUCUCCAUAGAAGGGAGCACUGUAUUGCUGCUACACACAUUUCCUGUCUUCAUUCACAAAAGACCCAUCUUAAUUUUGUACCCCCACUAAUGAACAUAGCUUCUACCAAAUCUGCACCUUGCGGUAUAUAGAAAACUCAUGAAAUCCCCCUUUCUAAGUUCUAGCAAAUACCACUUAAUACUUUUAUUAAGUAAUCUCUCAUCAUUAUUAAACUCUUGGUUUAGAUAUUGUUCUGGUAGAUUUGUGCCACACUUCAUCCAAGGCUAAUUUCUUUUCAUACUUACUUGCUUACUGCCCGUUACGCUGUGGCGUUUAGAGCAGCAAUGAAAGUCCUCUAGCUCUGUAUAGAAGGAUUGCUGUUUCCAUAACAAAUUUUUUUGACUAGUCAGGGUUGUUAGCCCUGAGCUGAACCCCCAAACCUGGAGGACCAGAGGACCACUCUUAGUUUGGCCUGUACCCUUUGACCUGUUUGGCACGGGUGACCUUACCAAGAGCCAAACCAUAAAGCGCUGACUCCAGCCAACAUGGCUUUCAGGUCAUUGAGGCACUCAGGCCUCCAAACCAAAAACAAGGUUGUGGUCCUCUUGGAGGUUUUUUCCAAAGUUGUGCUCAUAAUCACUCCAAACUGCACAUUAUAUAGCUGUGGCCAAAUUCGUGUAUUCUUUUUCACAGAUAUGAAGACUAAAACAGAACAUAGAACAGUACAGCACAGGACAGGCCAUUCAGCCCAUGAAUCUGUGCCAAUUUAUACUAAAUGUCCUCUUGUUUAUCAUGCAUUUCCCUCCAUUCCUUUCAUGUUUAUUUUAUUUUGGGAUACAGCACAGUAACAGGCUUUUCUGCCCCAGUGAACCCAAUUACACCCAUGUGACCAGUUAACCUACAAACACAUUCUCUGUGGACUGUGGGAGGAAACCUGGGCACCUGGAGGAAACCCACGCAGUCAUGGGGAGAACAUGCAAACUGCUUACAGACAACAUUGGGAAUUGAGACUGUGUUACUGCUGCUAUAGUAGUGUUACAUUAAUUAUUGUCGUGUCUGUCUAAAAGCCUCUCAAAUUCCACCAAAUUGCAUGCUUCCACUAACAUCCCUGGCAAUCCACUCCAGUCACCUACCACUCUCUGUAAAUAAAACUUGCCCCUCACAUCACCUUUAAAUCCAACCCCCGCCACCCCCACACCCUCUAACUUCAAGAGCAUGUCCUCUGGUGUUUGACUUUUGUACCCUGGAGAACAGAUUUUGACUGUCUACCCCAUCUAUACCUCUCAUGAUUUAAAAAAAAUAGCUCUAUAACAGGGAUUUCCAACCUUUUUUAUGCCAUGGACCAAUACCAUUAUGCAAGGAGUCUGUGGACUCCACGUUGAGAACCCCUGCUCUAUAAGGUCUCCUGUCAGCCUUUGAUGGUCCAAGGAGAACAACCCAAGGUUGUCCAAACUGUCUGAAACCUCAUACUCUCUGAUUCAAGCAGGACCUGGUAACCUUUGUCAGAAUUCUGGAGGAUCUAAGCCCCAGCUACUGGGGUCAAACUUGGCCAUCCCUUUGACACAUGCAAUUUCUGUAUGGGAAGUUUGUUAACCUGUACGGCGUGGCGGCAUUUUCAGCUGAAUGUGACCAUUGCCCAUGUGAAUCUUAGGACAAGGUCCCACAGCAGGGACUGAUUUGGGUGGAUCUGCCGGCCGAGGGGCGGCUUUUUCGGGCAGACUGCUUGUGCUUUGGCUGCCAAAUCGGAACAUUGCCCAAAUGACUUUCAGCAAGUCGGAGAAAAUCUAUGGAAGUGAAUAAACAGUCGACAUUUCGGGCUGAGACCUUUCUUCAGGACUGGAGAGGAACUGGGAAGGUGCCGGGACGGCACAGUAGCGUAGUGGUUAUCACAACAUUUUACAGUACCAGUGACCUGGGUUCAAUUCCUGUCUCUGUCUGUAAGAGUUUGUACAUUCUCCCCGUGACAGCAUGAGUUUUCUCCGGGUGCUCUGCUUUCCUUCCACAGUCCAAAGAUGUACUGGCUGGCUGGUUCAUUGAGCAUUGUAAUUAGACUAGGAUUAAAUCAGGGGCUCGAAGGGGCAGAAGGACCUAUUCCAUGCUGUAUCUCAAGAAAUAAAUUAAAAAGAUGAAAA